AUGCCUCGAUCCACUGUCCACCGCAUCGUCCACAGAGUCACUGAGGAGGUGCUGGCCAUUCGCCACAAGGUCAUCCACCUACCGAAGAGCCAGGAUGAGUUACAACCGAUAUCCCGUGGACGGAGGGUAACCGUGCCUCCGGCACCCACUCCCCCUCAUCACUCCUUACAAGAGGCCAAUACAAGGUGUGGGAGCCCAGCGCUUCAACAGCCAUCACUCCAGGGCACGCUCCAGCGUGCUUUUGGGAUGAUGAAGACCAGGUUCCGGGCCAUCUUGCUGCAAGCGCUGGAGGUGCACCACACCUUUGUACCUCACGUCAUAACAGCAUGUGCCAUCCUCCACAACAUCUGCCUUGGGGCUGGUGACAUUGUGGCCCCAGAGGAUGAGCCUGAGGAGGAUGAGGCAGAGGAUGAGGGGGAGAACGGUUUGGAGACGGUAUCUCAUGGUCGUCUAGCUACGGCCAAGAAGCCAGAGCGGCAGGUGACCCGUAUGGUGGUGGUGAUGAUUGUGGCAUUCAUGGUGGGCUGGACGCCGUACGCAAUCUUCGCCAUACUGGUCACAGCUCAUCCAACUAUUGAACUCGACCCCAGGAUGGCCUCUAUCCCUGCCUUCUUUUCCAAGACAGCUGCUGUCUACAAUCCGAUCAUCUACGUCUUCAUGAACAAACAGUUCCGGAAGUGCCUAAUCCAGCUCUUCACCGGCAGGGGGACUAUCCCAGACAGCAAUAUGAACCAGACCUCAGAGCGACCUGGAAUUACUGCAGAGAGUCAAACAGGAGAAAUGUCAGCCAUUGCUGCCCGCAUCCCCGAGGGUGGCAAUGUGUCACCCAGGUCUGACGAUUCUCCAACCAACUGUGGCUCGUUUGCCCAGCUGCCUAUCCCGGAGAACAAAGUGUGUCCAAUGUAA